AUGUUUGAUGAACUUCUGAAUGCUAUCAGCGGGCUGUCUCGUCAGCUUACUCUGUUUGCUGACGAUGUGAAUGAGCAAUUCACCGUUGUAAACUCCAGGUUGCUGUCCAUGGAGGAUAGGUUGGCUGCUUUGGAUUCGAAAAACUGUGCGGAAGAGACUAACCCUAAGAAGAGAAGACGGGUGCACAAUCCCAAGAUUGCGCUGCUGGAAGCGAGGCAGAGUGUGCUAGUUGAGGAUGAGGUAGACCUUUGGAAGAGCGCCACCAUAGACCUGAUGUCUGAUGAGGAAGACGGCAUCGUUGACGGGGUCUCUGGAUGGAUUGUGCGACCUCUGUCCUUUCGCAGCCAGGAGCUCACCGAGCUCUGUGCCACGCUGCAGUCGAGAUUAGAGGCAAUUCCGAAGUACAGGGCAACGCACCACAGAAGUCUGCAAAAUGGACCGUAUUCAGACCGUAUGCCGCCAGCUACCUACAGCUCUGAGGCGGCAAACAGACACUUCACGUGUACUAUAUGCCAGAAAAGUUUCAGGAAACGCUCAGAGCUCACUGCCCAUCAGAAGACACAUUCUGGAGACAAACUACAUCAGUGUUCUCAGUGUGGAAAAGCCUUUACUCAUAAAUGUAAUCUCAAGACACAUCAGAUGAUCCAUACUGGAGAGAAGCCAUAUCAGUGUCCUCAGUGUGGAAAAACCUUUAUUCACAUGAAUGCGCUCAAGUUACACCAGAGAAUCCAUACGGGAGAAAAGCCAUAUCAGUGUACUCUGUGUGGAAACGCCUUUACUCAGAAGUCUAAUCUCAAGGCACAUCAGAUGAUCCAUACUGGAGAAAAGCCAUUUCAGUGUCCUCAGUGUGGGAAAACCUUUAUUCACAAGGCUGAUCUCAAGGCACAUCAGAGGAUCCAUACGGGAGAGAAGCCAUUUCAGUGUUCUCAGUGUGGAAAGGCCUUUGCUAAAACAGGUCAUCUCAAAACACAUCUGAGCAGCCAUGCCGGAGAAAAAGCACAUCACUGUUCUGUGUGUGGAAAGGCGUUUAGUCAGUCAAGUCAUCUUAGAAGACACCAAUUUGUUCAUGCUGGGGAAAAGCCCUAUCUGUGCAUUACAUGUGGGAAGAGUUUCAGGACCAGUUCAGAACUCUCCAUCCAUCAAUUAGUACAUUCUGGAGAAAAGCCACAUCAGUGUCCUCAGUGUGGAAAAGGCUUUACUAGCACAUCUACUCUCAGGAGACAUCAGAUGAUCCAUUCUGGAGAUAAACUACAUCAAUGUUCUCAGUGUGGAAAAGUCUUUACUCAGAAAGGUAGUCUCCAGGUACACCAGAGGAUCCAUUAUGGAGAAAAGCCACAUCAGUGUCCUCAUUGUGGAAAAGCCUUUACUCAAAUGUGUAAUCUCAGGGCACAUCAGAGGAUCCAUACUGGAGAAAAACCACAUCAGUGUUCUCAGUGUGGGAAAGCCUUUAUUCACAAGACUGAUCUCAAGGCACAUCAGAGAAUCCAUACAGGAGAAAAGCCACAUCAGUGUACCUUGUGUGGAAAGGCCUUUGCUCAGAAGUCUAAUCUCAAGGCACAUCAGAGGAUCCAUACUGGAGAGAAGCCAUUUCAGUGUCCUCAGUGUGGAAAGGCCUUUACUCUGAAGUCUCAGCUGAAGCUACAUCAGAUGAUCCAUUCAGGAGAAAAGCCACAUCAAUGUUCUCAAUGUGGAAAAGGCUUUACUAGCAAAUCUACUCUCAGAAGACAUCAGAUGACCCAUACAGGUUAA